AUGUGCAGCGAGGUAAAAGUCGACAAGUUGGCUUCUGGAGCGUCUCAUAUUGACUUGCUUAUCAAGGAAAAGCAUAUUUCUUCCUGUGAAAGAGAAUGGGUGCGUGCAAAUUGUAAGGAAGAACAUAAAGCCACUAAAGAGUCUGGUCCGUUUGUAAAAGCGCAUGUCACGGGCUACGAAGUGCACGUCAAAACGUUUGCCGACAUGCUUUCUCUGGGUGCGGAGCGUAGAAAGCGAUGGCGUCUACGACAUAAGGAGUUUAUUCAUACCAUAAAAUCAGCUAAGGCAGGUAUUGAUAAAGGCGAUAAAUCUGAGACGUUUGAUGAAAUGGAUCAAAAUAUCACUUAUGCAGGUCUCACUCAAUGCGAAUAUUGCAAAAGAAGAUUUAAUGAUGGAGCUUAUUUUAAGCACGUGGAACAAUGUAAGUUGAAACAAACUGAUUCAAAGGUGCUACUAACUGAAGAACAGAAGGAAGCGAAGGAACGUUUUGCGAAACGAAUGAAGUACAACACCAAGCUUGUGGGCAAAGAGCAAUCUGAGAAAGAGAUUUUUGAUCAUGAAGAACAAAACAUCAACAAGGGUGACAUCCCUGAGACCACUGGGGUUUAUUUUAAUCAAGAUCAGCGCGAAUUAAUGAAUAAACUGGCAGAAAAACUACAUUCAGAUUUAAAAUUAUCCCGAAUGCCCACUACUGAUGAUUUGCAAACUGAUGCUCUUGCCGAAAUCAUCAAGAAAGCGUCAUUACAAUGCAUUUCGGAAUCAAAUUCAGCAACUUCUUCAGCAGUUUCACCCACCGAUAAAUCAACUUCUCGUGAGAAACACAAGUCAUCACGUCGUAAAUUUUCAAAAUCCUCGAAUUUACAGUUUGGCAAUCAGAAUGACUGCAUCACCUAUCUCGAUUCAAAUGAGUCCUCCCAUUGCCCUCCUUCUAGCUUAAAAUUACCAUCAACUUCAUUUGAUAGCAUCCCUAUUAACGAUAUCAAUAGCAAUUAUAACUGUCAAAUUAAUCAUAAUGACCCCGCAACAACUAACUGGAAGAAUAAGUUAAAGCCAGAUUUUGAAAUAAUAAUAGAAGAUUCUGACCAAUUUGUGGGUCAUCAUCACAAACCACAUACUCACAGCAAGCAUCACAAAGGCUCACACAGAUAUUCUGAGGCGGAAAAGGACUCAGAUUGCUUAAACUAUAAACCCAAUGGAUCAGAGCAAGCAAACACGCACCAGGCCCCUAAGAAACCCUAG